UAAUAAUGGGGGUCGAUUGUCAGGAAGGCGAAUCGGGGGCUUCACUUUCCAUCGGGCCCUCCGCUUUUUUCUCACGGCCUUCCCCCCCCGUCUCUUGUGUGUGGACUGUAUGGACUGCGGGCCUCCACUGUCCUCCCUCCACUCAUACAGUAUCCCCUCCCUCAAAGGCAAACGCCGCUUGGAGACGCAGACCCUGUCACUCGCUGCGGUCAUACGAAAGGCGUCAUUUGGGCCCGAGAAUUCCGCAACCCUUGCGAAGUGCGGUAGUCGGGGGGACAACACAAGCUUGGGGUUACACUGGCACUCGUCGAACCGGCGGACUUAACUGUUAGAGGGGGUGUAAGGCUGGCUCUCCUCUCAGACGACAGCACGUUCUCCAUUCCCAGGCAUAAGACAUAAGCUAUGGCCUCCAAUCACAACAACAACAACAACAACGAGGACCCGACUGACGCCAUCGAGCCCCACUCGGCUAGUUCCUCAACUUCCUCCAUACCCAUACCCGUCAGAAAAGCUACCCCGGAAACGGAGGACGACCACCUAACGGGCGAACUCUCACCAACCAGUACUACUCCGGUGUUGCCGUCAGGCUCGACAAGACUCACUAGAGCGAACUCUUUUGGCAAAGGAAGGCUCAGUGUUCCUCUCUCCAGAAGCUACUAUUCUAGCUCCAAUCCGAGGUCUGACGAGUCAUUCAAUGAAGAUUCGUUAACGCGCUCAGCAGCUGAAAACCGUCAGCAAACCCUUUCAUGGACAUACCGCGAACUACAACUGGCAUCAAGCAAGCCGUCGCUUGAACCCCAGUCCUACAAGGCGGAUACGCGAUCGUAUCGUGUAGGCACGGCUUCCCCGCUGGGGAAAGGCUCGAUGAGUAGCGAGGAACGGGCAGACGAUAUGAAGCGUCCAUCAAAAGGGAAGAGGACGGCGUCAUUUGAUGCCGCUCUGAGUCCGAGCAAACAGGACGCUUUUGCACGUCAGCGACAGGUUUCGCAGCUCAGCGCUCUUCGCCAACUUGCACUCUCGGUAGAGGAGCAAACAAUUGCUGAUGAACAUGAAGGCGAGGGUGAGGACCCAUCCUCCGAAUCGACACCGCUUUUGCAGGAAAACGCAGAAAGGGGCGCACAAAACCAGAAAUGGCUUGCUGGUAGGCAACAACGCAAAGCGUCGCCAAGUCGCCACGCCCCACGAGAGUACGACCACGAUGUCGAGGCAUUACCGAGGCACAUCGCUGCGGAUCGCGGCUCCCGGCGCCACACCUUGACAGGACGAUUCGGCGAUUAUAGCUCGAAGUACCACGCUCAUCUGAAAGCUUUCCGGCCGAGAGACAUUGUGAACUACAUUGGCUUUGUGUUUGCUACUAUGCCCGCGGUCGUUUUGGCUUUAAUUCUCAAUCUGCUGGAUGCGAUGUCCUAUGGUAUCAUCAUUUUCCCUAGCGCGGAUGGUUAUAUACCCGACACUGCUAUUCAAAGUGGCAUUUCCAUGUUUUUGGCGAGUACGGUCAUCUCCCAACUUGUAUAUACCCUUGGUGGAUCUGCUUUCAAAGGAGCCGUUGGAAGCAUGAUGAUUGAAGUCAUGCCCUUCUUGCAUAUAAUAUGCCGGACAAUCCAUUCCGAAAUGCGUGGUUCAAGCAAUCAUGCCAUCCUGGCGACCAUCAUGGUCGCGUACGCCAUGAGUACGCUGCUAACAGGAACCGUAUUCCUCCUCCUCGGAAUCUUCAAACUCGGAAACCUUGUCCAGUUCUUCCCACGUCACAUUCUCGUGGGUUGCAUCGGAGGCAUCGGUUUCUUCCUGCUGUUAACAGGUGUCGAAGUCACCACGGGCAUCACCACCGCAUACACCAUGCAGUACCUGCACGACAUCUUCCAACUCUCCUCGUUCAAGCUUUGGGGCGCAUCCCUGGCACUGGCCAUCUCCCUCAAGUUGAUGCAACGGCGUAUCCACCACGCCCUCUUCGUCCCCAUCUUCUACGUGUGCAUCCCGAUCUUAUUCUACAUCAUCGUCUUCAUCGGCCGUUUCUCCAUCGAGGAUGUCCGGUCCGCGGGAUGGCUUAUCAGUCUCCCUGAGGGCCCACCGGCUAAGUUCUACGAGUUCUGGACCUACUUUGAUUUUGGGGUCGUGGAUUGGGGCGCUAUCCCGGCCACUAUACCGACGCAACUCGCGCUGGCUUUUUUUGGGAUCCUGCAUGUUCCGAUCAACGUGCCAGCGCUGGCCGUGUCGACCCACCAAGACGUUGACCUGAACCGCGAACUCAUCGGCCAUGGAGUCAGUAACCUCGUCUCCGGUCUCUUCGGAACGACUCAGAACUACCUCGUUUACUCCAACUCGAUCCUAUACAUCCGAUCCGGCGGCAAUUCCGUAACCGGCGGCCUCCUCCUCGCCCUAGGCACAGGCGCGGUCUGGAUGGCAGGCGGGAAAGUGAUCGGCUUUGUCCCCACCAUCGUCGUCGGCUCCCUCAUCUUCCACCUCGGCAUCGACCUCCUCAAAGAGAGCGUCUGGGACACGUGGAACACCGGCAUCCACAUGCUCGAAUACAUGACCAUCCUCUCGAUCGUGUCCAUCAUGGGCAUCGUCGGGUUCACUGAGGGUAUCCUCGCGGGAGUCAUCAUGGCGUGUAUCUUCUUUGUCGUGAUGUACGCGCGCCGGUCGGUGAUUCGGUCUACGUACAGUGGCGCGCAGCUUCGGUCGACUGUGCAUCGUCUUUAUAGGCAGCAAGCGUUCUUGGACCAGGUCGGCGACCAGAUCCAGAUCAUUAAAUUGCAAGGGUUCAUCUUCUUUGGAACCAUCAACCAGCUCGACGUUCAUAUCGCGUCGUCCAUCGCGUCGCACUCCCAACUUCGCUUCAUCGUCCUCGACUUUUCCCUCAUCUACGGAAUCGACUAUUCGGCCCUGGAAUCCUUCCACCGUAUCAAGCGCGUGCUGCGUGAGAAGAACAUCCAUCUUGUGUUUGCCGGGCUGUCGACGGUGGGGAGGACGUUGGCGCAGAGUGGGUUGUUUGAGGAGGAGGAGGUUGAGGACGAUCUUAUUAGCGAUUUUCUGAUACAUGCGUUUGAGGAUGUCAAUGAGGCGCUGGAGUGGUGCGAGAAUCAGUUGCUUGUUACGUAUUAUCAUACGAUGACGAGGAAGGAUCUUGUACCCGCUGGUGUUGGCAUGGAAAUCCCAACAAGACACGACAUCGCAGACCGCGUCAACCAACGCAAAGACACAGGCCUCGGCGUAACCCCCCGCCAAGUCGCCGUCCUCAACGCCGCCUCCCUAGUCUUCAAAGAAACCCCCAUAACCCCACCCCCCGCCGCCGAGCACCUCGGCAUCGUCGCCGCGCUCCUCCAAGCCUCGUCCGAACCGCAAGACUUUGACGCAGAACUGCUCCGGUUCGUCGAAUCACGGUUCGAGCGCGUCGAGGCGGUGAAACAUACGGUGUUUUGGAUACCCGGUGAGGAGUCGAGGGAUAUCUACCUUGUGCAGCAGGGGGAGCUUGUGCUUUCGAUACCUGACAAUGAGAGUAGGACGGAUAAGUUGAAGGUUGUGGAGACGUUGUUGCCUGGUGCGAUGGUCGGCGAGCUCGAACUCUUCUCCAACCGCCCACACACCUGCCGCCUCGUCGCCGCAACCGACGUGGUCGUGUGGCGGCUAACGAAGCAGGCGUGCGAUGAAAUGACGGCUGAGAAUCCCAAACUCAUGAUCAAAUUCAUCACCCAGCACGCGCUCGGCUUCGAUGCGACGCGGAUGAGCAACUUCCUGGCCCAUUGGGCGCAGUUGAAGUGA